AUGUCAAGCGACAAUCCGUUCCCAUCACCAGUUGGUGGUGUUCCAAUGACUUCUGACUUUUGGACAUCAAUCCUUUUCUCCUCACUAUAUUUCUCGCUCAUACCCAUCUUCGUUGUGCGGCUAUAUAACAAGCAUUCGCGAGUCAUCGUGAGCAUUAACGCAAUCAUCACAGCCAUAGAAAGAACCAUAAUCUUCUCCCUACGAGCCUGGCAAUCCUGCAGCUCAGUGGAAAGGAUAUCCCCGGCAUUGACGACUUAUAUGCAAGUCUCGAUCGCUUUAUCAUAUAUCUCCAUAGCACACGACGUCGUGGCUCUUCUGCGCUGCAUGUAUGUAAACUCUACCAAGGGCCAAGCAAAUUUUAUAGAUCCGCAAGAUUCACCCGUCGCUGCUUCGAUGUCAUCCUCUAUGCAUCCUCUUUCCCCGUUUCACAGUGCUUCGCUUCAUCUUUCGGAUGACAUACAUGACGACCCGAAAAAACGGGGUUUCUAUCGCUGGGUUACCGAUAUGUUGAAUCUGGGCUUCCUCGCUGCUACUAUCCCAGGUAUAAUUGGUAAUGCGCAUUACCGUGGUGGAAUGGAUAAUGAGAGCACAGCCAACGAGGUGAUGAUCACCAGAUAUAUAAGUUCCGCCAUCGCUCUCUUCCUCAUACUUUUCGUGGCAACCCUGGUCGUUCGCGCCCGAAAGCUACCCAAAGUGGAGCCGGUUCACGUUACCCUACUUCUUGCCAUCCUCGCUUGCAACGCAUCCUCUGCGAUUUUCCGACUAUUAUUCAUGUAUCACCGGACAACCUCCCUUACAUCGAUGUCACCGGGAUCAGGUAACACUCCUUUAGAAAAGGCAACGUUCUACAUAUUCCAUAUGCUCAGUGACUGGCUGGCCGUUGCUCUGCUGCUCGUUCCGAAUAUCAGAGCCAUCUUCAAGACGGGCAUGUGGGGGGACUGGAGAGCCAUUGAUCCUCCUCCGAAAGAACAGGAAUGGGCCAGAAAAAGGAAGGAAGCCAAAGCACGAAGGAGUGGGCUUAUCGUUUGA